AUGCAGCGUGGUUUACCGAUGCAACCAACCGUCGUUUUACUGAAAGAGGGCACAGACACCUCGCAGGGAAAGGCGCAGUUACUCUCCAACAUCUCGGCCUGCCUCGCUAUCGCAGAGACGCUCUCAAGUACCCUUGGACCUAGAGGAAUGGACAAGCUUAUAGUAAAUGAUCGUGGAGAAGCUCAAAUCACCAACGAUGGCGCGACUAUACUGAAGCUUUUGGACAUUGUACACCCUGCUGCUCGCACCCUGGUCGACAUCGCUCGAGCACAAGACGCAGAAGUUGGAGAUGGUACAACAAGUGUCGUUCUUCUGGCUGCGCAGCUGUUGAAGGAAGUUAGAGGGUUUAUCGAGGAGGGAGUCAGUCCGCACAUCAUAAUGAAAGGUUUUAGGAAAGCUUCUCAAUUGACCCUCGACCAGAUCAAGGAACUUCAGGUCACUGUCGACAAGUCAGAUCCAGAACGGUUCCGGUCUCUACUCCUCAAAUGCGCCUCAACCUCAAUGUCUUCAAAAUUGAUUCACUCAGAAAAACCUUUCUUCUCCAAAAUGGUAGUAGACGCUAUCGAGUGUCUAGAUCAAGACGAUCUCGACGAGUCUUUGAUUGGGGUCAAGAAGGUUGCUGGAGGAGGACUGCAAGACUCUCUGCUUGUCAAGGGCGUGGCGUUCAAGAAGACUUUCACCUAUGCUGGUGCCGAACAACAACCAAAGCACUUUGUUGAUCCUCUCAUUUUGUGUUUGAACGUCGAACUGGAACUCAAAGCGGAGAAGGAUAACGCUGAGGUGCGCGUCGACGCGGUCUCAGACUAUCAGGCCAUCGUGGAUGCCGAAUGGGAAAUCAUAUAUCGCAAACUGCAAGCGAUCGAGAGGACGGGUGCUAAAGUCGUCCUCAGCAAACUGCCCAUUGGAGAUCUUGCGACGCAAUGGUUUGCCGAUCGCGACAUUUUCUGUGCAGGCCGUGUUGCUGCCGGCGAUCUACGACGUGUGGUUCAGGCUGCUGGCGGCGCGAUUCAGUCAACAUGUUCUGACAUUGGGAGGGAGCACCUUGGAACUUGUGGGCUCUUCGAGGAACGGCAAAUCGGGGGCGAACGAUACAAUAUCUUUGAAGGGUGUCCAAAAGCAAAGACUUGCACCUUGGUUCUGCGUGGCGGCGCUGAACAAUUUAUCGAAGAGGUCGAGCGCAGUCUGCAUGAUGCUUUGAUGGUCGUCAAACGGGCAGUGAGGAAUGGAGAGGUUGUUGCGGGAGGUGGGGCUAUUGAGAUGGAGUUGUCGGCUCAUAUCCGCAAGCAUGCCCUGAGCAUUCCAGGCAAACUCCAGCUUAUCAUUGCUGCGUUUGCUAAGGCGCUUGAAAUUAUUCCCCGCCAAAUAUGCGAUAACGCAGGCCUGGAUUCGACCGACAUUCUCAACAAGUUGCGCAUGAAACACGCCAGUGGGGAGAUGUGGUACGGAGUCGACGUCGAUGGCGCUUCAGGUGUUCGAGACAACAUGGAGGCCUUCGUCUGGGAACCAAGUCUCGUCAAGGUCAAUGCUAUCAGCAGCGCUACUGAGGCCGCUUGCCUAAUUCUAAGCGUUGACGAGACGGUCCGGAAUCCCCAAAGCGAAGCGGCAAAUGCUGGUCCGAAAGCACCGCCAGGAACCGCCCAGCGAGCGCUAAGAGGAAGAGGUCGGGGCAUGGGUCGCCGAUAA